AUGCAGCCAUUGAAUUCAGAAGAAUUGACUCAGAAGGUAUCCAAUGCCAAUGUCAAUCCCAAUAUUAAGAAACGAAGGGCUUACGUUAAAAAGGAAAAGGGGAAGAAGAAGCGGCACGUGAAAGGAGACAUUGUCACACCAAGUGAGACGAGAGUCACGCUAAAGUCCGAACUUCGUAUCAAGUCUUUAAAAAUAAUACCGGCGACCAUUCGAAGUCUUGGACCGUAUCGAGGCAAGUGUCUGUACCAGUCUCGCAAGUGCGAGAACGAACGGGCCGUUAAACGGAAUGGUCAACCUCAUAACUUAUGUGAGGGUCAUCGUUUGAAACAGAACCAGCAUCAACGCAAGUUUGACGCUAAAAAGUUUAUAUGGAAGCGACAUCGAGAGAACGAGUCGGAUGACGACGUUAACGGUAAUGGAGACAAGUUCCAGUCGCAUCAAAAUGAUGAGCCGGUAGUUAAACGCCAUCGGGUUAUGGCCAACCAAGAAGAGGAGACGGAGGUGUCAACUGUGAUGACUGACUUACAACAUACGACACCAAUGGUAGCACCUAUGAAAGGGAACAACCCUUCAACAUACGCUGCAGGAUUCACGCCCAUGUCUCCUCCUAUAAUGACCAAGUUACCGCUACUGCAAAGUUCUCGACGGCCGAUCUUGCCCACGCCACAAGAAAUCUUGUACGGGUCUGUUAGUCCAGGUACCAGUCCUGAAUCGUAUCUUCGUGGCCACGUGGAGCUAUCCGGUUAUCGACCUAAAGCUGAUGGUCAGCAGUCUUCACGUGGUAGCCAUCAUUCGAAUGUGCCAGCACAGCAAGUUACUGGAUAUACACACUCGGAGCUUUUGGCUGCUAGUAUUUUGGUGCAGCCGCAGUCAUAUGCCUUCCGAACUGCGCUGUCAACACCGACGAGUCGUAAAAGUGGUUUUUUUACAGCACGACCGGGUCUAGGAGCGAUAACUAAACCCCCACGAAUGUUCCUUCCCUCGCUGCUUGAUCCUCCUUCAGCUGCAUUGUCAGCGAGCUCAUGCCACCGCGUCAGCGGUACGUUGUCAUCUACUGCACAGCGGUUUGCAUCCGUUGCAGUCAAUCCAGCCGCCAGCGUUUCGUUCUUUUCGACUCGAUCAGAAGGAAAGGCGCUUCCGCCUUUGAUGUCAUUUGGACGACAACAGUCGCCGGCAUCGCCAUUGUUGAUCUCCAAGCAGUCAAAGUAA